AUGCCAUACUCCAACAUAUCAACUUGGAAAAAUGGUACCAAUUGUUGCUUAUGGGAUGGGGUCACUUGCAAUCCAUUGGGUCAUGUGAUUGGCCUCAAUCUUAAUUGUAGUUGGCUUCAUGGUAAACUCCUUCCCAGCAAUUCUCUCUUCCAGCUUUCCCAUCUUCAAACGCUUGAUCUUAGUUUCAAUGACUUUCAAGGGUCUCAAAUACCACCUAAUAUUUCCCAACUUGUAAGUUUAACACACCUAUCCUUGAGUUUUUGUAAUUUUAGUGGUGAAGUUCCAUCUCAGAUUUCUCAUCUUCACAAGUUGGUUUCACUUCAUCUCAAGGAGGAUUUGAAUUAUCUCGUUCUUCAGGAAAAGACUUGGGAGAGACUCACAAGAAAUGCCACUCAUAUAAAGGAUCUUUUGCUAAGUGGCAUGGAUACAUCAUUGAUUCCCUUGAGUCAUCUAUUUAAGAAUCUUUCCUCAUCUUUGGUCUCUCUUGAGCUUAGUAAUGCUGGAUUACAAGGAAAUUUUGAUGAAAAUAUAUUUUCAUUUCCCCACCUUCAAGAGAUAGAUUUGCAUGAAAACCCAGAUCUCGCAGGCUAUCUUCCAGAGUCUAAUUGGAGCAAUUCGAUUAGAGUUUUGUCUCUUGGAAACACGAGUUUCACAGGAAAGUUGCCGCAUUCCAUUGGCGAUAUGAAAUCAUUAAAUGUCUUGGAUCUCUCAUCAUGCCAAUUCUUUGGAGAAAUUCCACCAUCCUUAUGGAACCUUACACAACUUUAUCUUUUGGAGCUCUCAAGCAAUAAUUUUUCUGGUCAAAUCUCAUCAUCACUUUCCAAUCUUCAAGAUCUCAUUUUGCUUGAUUUGUCUUCAAAUAAUUUUAGUGGCCAAUUUCCAUAUUCAGUUUCAGAUCUUAAAGAUCUCACGUUCUAG